UCAGCUGCUCAGUCAGUCUCAAACUGAAUUUCCAACACGGAACACGUAGUACUGUAUGCGCUCUUGAAGAGUUUUCCGAGCUUUUGUUGUAUCAAAUCGGCCAAGAAAAUAAUAUAAAAAGACAAUCCCGUUUCUUUCGUUUGAGGGAAAUCUGGAAUGCGGUAGAGCAUAAGUGAAGUGUGACCAACCGUUGAGAGUGGGGGCUAUCGAUUUUUGUCGUUCAUUGAAAAGUGCCAUUGACAGCGAAUCGGGAGUUUUUUUUUCUAAACCGUGCUGAAACAUAGUGAUCGGUGGGCGCUUAAGCUGUGAAGUGACACUUUGAUUAAUCUCGGAUUUGCGGAAGCACAUUUCCUAGAGUUUGGUGCCAAGAAACGUGUGUUUUUUAUUCGUUUGUGAUAAAUUUCUCUCCAAGGGAGAAAGCGAAGCAGCGCGGAAAAUGAAAGUAGUAAACAUCAACAGUGUGAAUCAUCAGCAUCACUUGGACGAUCUGCAGGCGACGCUGUUGGAGGAUCCCAUCACGCCGAAAUCGACUUCGGAUGUGAGGGAAACUGCCAUGAUGGGCCAGGAUACUCCGGGAGGUGGUGAACCGCACGGUGGAGGUGGAUGCUGUUCGGGAAUCGUUUUGCCAUCCAGCCAGCCAGCGAAGACCAAUCAAAUUCAAGCCCUGCUGGAAAGACAUGAAAAUCUGCCGUCAGUUUCGGUGGCAGCUACACCACAGGCCAGUAAUCCCACUCGAUAUUCCAUCACAGCAGUUUCCAAACUUCUCCGGAACCUAUACCUGUGCGGCGGAAGUGCAGCAACAGUACCCACAAUGAAGGAACUAGGCGUUACGCUGGUGAUCAACGCCACGACUGAAACGGAACUUCCAAACACUCCAUUGCCCUGUGAUGAUACCAACUAUAUGCGAGUACCCGUCAAGGACAACCGCGAAACGGAUCUGGACCAAUAUUUUAACCAAGUGGCCGAUCGUAUUGAAGAGGAAUCCCAACGCAACGGUAUAGCCCUGGUUCACUGUGUGGUCGGUGUCAGUCGAUCGGCUUCCCUCUGCCUGGCCUACCUCAUCAAGUACCACCGGAUGAGCCUGAAGGACGCCUACCAACACAUCAAGGCACGACGGCCGCAAAUCCGGCCAAACGUGGCAUUCGUCAAGCAACUGAUGGAGUUCGAGUUCAAGCAAACCGGUCGCCGCUCAGUAUCGAUGGUCUACUGUCACUCGCUAGACCAGGAGCUGCCGGACCUCUACGAACCGGAGUUCCGAACGAUGGAGAUGCUCUACCACAAAUUCCGGCGAAACAUUGCCCGCCGUUGACGGGUGACCAGACGUUUCUAUCGCGUCACAGUGCGUUCCGAUCUCGAUUCCCCGUUCGUAAGAUGAUCUAUCUAGUAUGUAUUCGCCAUAUAAGACACCGAGAGGACGCACUCCGGCGCGUGAAUGUCGACCGUAGGCUUAAAGAAGACAAGUUCAAAUAUUUAAUCGCGCUGAUUAAUUUAGUUCUGGAAUGAUGUGUUUUCACUUCACACAAGUAUUGAUACCAAAUAUGUAUACUAAGAGUUAGGUUCGCUACAGGAAUCGUUUAGAUUAAGAUAAGAAAUAAGUGUUUCGCACGAUUUCAAUAAGGCUCACCAGAAUUUCGCCGCUGUAAGUAUAUCGAAGUUUGCAGAUGUCGGUUGUUCGAAUGUGCUGUGGGUGAAAUACUGGUAACAUUACGAAAAUAGAAGACAUUUUCUGAAUAUAAAUAAUAGACAUUCGGCACAAUAUCGGAACUCGUUUUAGGAGCUACUCGUUUCAAAAUUCAGUUUUGCUUGAAAACGUUCUUUAUUAUUACAGUAAUAUUUCAGUUAUCUUAGUGUUGUAAUUGGAAUCAUUUCGAUCAAAAUAAGACACAUAAACUCGGUGUGAUUUUUGUGAUAGUCGAAUUUCGUCUCUGAAUCCUUUUCGAUAUCUAACGGUUAAUCAUUAUUUAUCUAAAUUCGUUGAAUUUACGAUUGUAAGGACAUUUAUGUACUGUUUAUAAAAAUACAAACAAAUAAAGCUAAAUUAUAAA